CGGUCUACUGCGCAGGCGUUCGCGUGCAGUGAUAUGUUAAAAAGAAAAAAGAUCCGGCAAACUUCAAGUUUUACGUAUGUGUGGAACGACUUCUACGUUUAUAAAUAACGCUUGAAAAAUAAGUCGGCGGAGCGACACAUCUGGUGUCACUUUGUGAUCUAAAUAUGGUGGAUGUGAACGGGAAGGUCUAUAUUUCUAAGACUGUGGAAUUAAUCUAUCUCUGAAAUUUAGAAGAAAAUAAAGUUGCUGCGGGUUAUCGGAGUGAGUAGGGAAUUCCAUUCGCCCUUUAAUAUCGAAUCACGUUUUAUAACCACGUUUCGCGCGGACAUGAAGCCAGCAUCUGACGACUUUCUACCGCCGCCUGAGUGCCCGGUGUUUGAGCCCAGUUGGGCGGAAUUCCGAGAUCCUCUCGGCUAUAUAGCUAAAAUCAGACCCAUUGCGGAGAAGUCAGGUAUUUGCAAGAUUCGCCCACCUGCGGAUUGGCAGCCACCUUUUGCUGUAGAAGUUGAUAACUUCAGAUUUACUCCUCGAAUUCAGAGGCUAAAUGAAUUGGAAGCCCAGACUAGAGUAAAGCUAAACUAUUUGGAUCAGAUUGCAAAAUUCUGGGAAAUUCAAGGUUCUUCCUUAAAGAUACCUAAUGUGGAGAGAAAGAUCUUGGACCUUUACAGCCUUAAUAAGAUUGUGGUGGAGGAAGGUGGGUAUGAAGCAAUCUGCAAGGACCGCCGUUGGGCCCGUGUUGCUCAACGCCUUAAUUACCCAUCUGGUAAAAACAUUGGUUCCCUGCUACGAUCCCACUAUGAACGGAUCAUUUACCCUUAUGAAAUGUUUCAGUCUGGAGCUAAUCUUGUGCAAUGUAACACAGAUCCAUUUGACAGUGAAGAAAAAGACAAGGAAUACAAACCUCAUAGCAUCCCUCUUAGACAGUCUGUUCAGCCAUCAAAAUUCAGUUGCUGCAGUAGACGAGCAAAAAGGCUACAGCCUGAGCCGGAACCCACAGAAGAAGACAUUGAGAAAAACCCAGAGCUAAAGAAACUACAGAUAUAUGGGGCAGGUCCCAAGAUGAUAGGCUUGGGUCUCAUGGCUAAGGAGAAGACUCUGAAAAAGAAAGAUAGCAUACAACCAGAUAAAGAAGUGACAUGUCCUGCAACUGUUGUAGUGAAGGGGGAAGCCAGUGAGUUUGGAAAAGUGACAUCAGCAUUUUCUGACAAGAAUUUAAAUCACAGUUUUGAACCUUGUACGAGGAUGACUAUGCAGCUACGGAACAAUCACAGCAGUACCCAGCUUAUGGCUUCAUAUGUUUGCCGAAUAUGCUCUCGUGCGGAUGAAGAUGAGAGGUUUCUGCUCUGUGAUGGCUGUAAUGAUAAUUACCACAUCUUUUGCCUACUGCCACCACUUUCUGAAGUUCCCAAGGGAAUAUGGAAGUGCCCAAAGUGUAUCUUAGCGGAGUGUAAACGUCCCCCUGAAGCUUUUGGCUUUGAGCAAGCUACACAGGAGUAUACCUUACAGAGUUUUGGUGAGAUGGCUGAUUCCUUCAAGGCUGACUACUUCAACAUGCCUGUACAUAUGGUUCCUACAGAAGUUGUGGAAAAGGAAUUCUGGAGGUUGGUGAGCAGCAUCGAGGAGGAUGUGACAGUUGAGUAUGGAGCAGACAUUCACUCCAAAGAAUUUGGCAGUGGGUUUCCUGUCAACAAUAGCAAAUGGAACUUAUCCCCUGAAGAAAAGGAAUAUGCUACCAGUGGUUGGAAUCUCAAUGUGAUGCCGGUGCUGGAUCAGUCUGUUCUUUGCCACAUCAAUGCAGACAUCUCAGGCAUGAAAGUGCCCUGGUUAUAUGUGGGCAUGGUGUUUUCAGCAUUUUGUUGGCAUAUUGAGGAUCACUGGAGUUAUUCCAUUAACUACCUGCACUGGGGUGAACCAAAGACCUGGUAUGGAGUACCUUCUUUAGCAGCAGAACACUUGGAGGAUGUUAUGAAGAGACUUACACCGGAGUUGUUUGAGAGCCAGCCUGACCUCCUGCACCAACUUGUCACACUGAUGAAUCCCAACACUCUCAUGUCACAUGGAGUGCCGGUUGUUCGUACAAACCAGUGUGCAGGAGAAUUUGUCAUUACUUUCCCUCGUGCUUACCACAGUGGCUUUAACCAAGGCUAUAACUUUGCUGAGGCAGUGAACUUUUGCACUGCCGAUUGGCUACCUGUUGGACGCCAGUGUAUUGAACAUUACCGCCGGCUCCGGCGCUAUUGUGUCUUCUCCCAUGAGGAGCUCAUCUGCAAGAUGGCUGCAUUCCCAGAGAAGUUGGAUCUAAAUCUAGCAGUGGCAGUUCACAAGGAGAUGUUCAUUAUGGUACAGGAGGAGCGACGCCUACGAAAGACCUUGUUGGAGAAGGGCAUCACGGAAGCUGAGAGAGAGGCCUUUGAGCUACUCCCAGAUGAUGAGCGUCAGUGCAUCAAGUGUAAGACCACGUGUUUCCUAUCAGCCUUGGCCUGUUAUGACUGUCCAGAUGGUCUUGUCUGCCUUUCCCAUAUCAAUGAUCUGUGCAAGUGCUCAAGAAGCCGACAGUACUUACGAUACAGGUACACAUUGGAUGAAUUGCCUGCUAUGCUACAAAAGCUGAAGACUCGGGCUGAGUCAUUUGACAAUUGGGCCAACAAAGUACAAGCAGCCCUAGAGGUCGAGGAUGGACGGAAACGGAGUUUAGAAGAGCUAAGAGCACUGGAAUCUGAAGCUCAUGAUAGACGAUUUCCUAAUAGUGACCUACUUCAGCGAUUGAAGAAAUGCCUAACUGAAGCAGAGACUUGCAUUUCCCAAGUUCUAGGACUGAUCAGUAACUCAGAGGACAGGUUAGAAACACCACAAAUCACCCUGACUGAACUACAGAUUCUUCUCAAACAGAUGGGCACUCUGCCCUGUACCAUGCAUCAGAUUGAUGAACUUAAGGAUGUUCUUCAAGAGGUGGAAACAUACCAAAUUGAGACCCGUGAGGCUCUUACUUCACUGCCUUAUAGUUUAGAAAUACUUCAGUCCCUGAUGGAAAAGGGUCAGCAGCUUCGUGUGGAAGUGCCUGAAGCUCAUCAACUUGAAGAGUUGUUGGAGCAGGCAAAAUGGUUAGAUCAAGUAAAGCAGGCCUUGGCUCCCUCUGGCCAGCGGCAUUCUCUGGUCAUCAUGAAGAAGCUUUUAGUUAUGGGAACCAAAGUAGCCUCCAGCCCUUCUGUGAACAAAGCUCGAGCAGAGUUACAAGAACUGCUGACUAUUGCCGAACGUUGGGAGGAAAAGGCCCAUUUGUGCUUAGAAGCUAGCCAAAAGCAUUCUCCAGCCACUUUGGAAGUUAUAAUACGAGAGGCAGAAAACAUCCCUGUCUAUCUGCCUAACAUCCAGUCUCUGAAGGAAGCUCUGACUAAGGCACGGGCUUGGAUUGCUGAUGUAAAUGAGAUUCAAAAUGGUGAUCACUACCCUUGUUUGGAUGAUUUGGAGGGCCUUGUAGCUGUGGGUCGGGAUUUACCUGUGGAGCUGGAGGAACUGAGACAGCUGGAGAAUCAGGUACUGACAGCACAUUCCUGGAAAGAGAAAGCUUCUAAGACUUUUCUCAAGAAGAAUUCUUGUUACACACUUUUGGAGGUUCUCUGCCCAUGUGCAGAUGCUGGUUCAGUCAGUACCAAGCGCAGUCGGUGGAUUGAAAAGGAGAUGGGGUUAUACAAAUAUGACACAGAAUUGCUGGGGCUGUCUGCACAGGACCUCAGGGACCCAGGGUCUCUGAUCAUGGCCUUUAAGGAAGGGGAAGAGAAAGAAAAGGAAGGUAUCUUGAAGUUACGUCACAUCAACUCAGCCAAGCCCAGUCCAAUGUCCUCACCGAUGAAUGCCUCUGCAACCUCCAUCUGUAUAUGUGGGCAGGUCCGUGCAGGAGUGGAAGCUCUGCAGUGUGAUCUCUGUCAUGACUGGUUCCAUGGACAAUGUGUGACUGUACCCCAUCUACUCAGGUCACUAAGGGCCAGUCAUACCUCAUCUCAACUGCUAGCUUGGUGGGAAUGGGACACCAAAUUCCUGUGCCCACUGUGCAUGCGAUCAAGGCGUCCACGCCUGGAGACCAUCUUGACAUUGCUAGUAGGACUACAGAGACUGUCUGUAAGGCUGCCUGAGGGUGAGGCCCUACAGUGCCUCACAGAGAGAGCCAUUGGUUGGCAAGGUCGUGCCAGACAGGCUCUAGCUUCUGAGGACGUGACUGCUUUGUUGAAACAACUGGCAAAAUCCCGCCAACAACUACAGGAUGAAUUGAGACAUGAGCAGCCCCCUACCUUGCCUUCAGGCCUUGAGUCUGACUGUCUCACAGAGGAUAGUGGCAAGGAUAUUCUUAAGGAAGAGGAGGAGUUGGUACUAAAUGAAGACAGGUUGAAAAGUUCUGAGAAGAUUGUUCCAAACGAAAAUUCAUGUGAAAGAGAUGAGGAACUGCUGCCUUCGCUUUUAUCCCAAUUAACUGGUCCAGUACUGGAACUGCCUGAAGCUACCCGGGCCCCCCUAGAGGAACUUAUGAUGGAAGGAGAUCUACUUGAAGUUACCCUAGAUGAGAACCACAGCAUUUGGCAGCUGCUGCAGGCUGGGCAGAAUCCUAAUCUAGAGCGAAUUCAUACACUUCUAGAGCUUGAGAAGCCUGAGAAUCCAGGGAAUUGGUCAGAGGAACAGACACCAGAGAGGCGGCGGCGGCGGCGGAGGCAAAAAGUGGUUCUGAGCAGAAAGGGUGAGGAGUUUACUCAAAAAGAACUAGAAAUAAAAAGAGUCCGGAGUUCAAGAAUUAAGCCUAAGGGAGAAAAAUUUCAAGAACCAAUACAUGGGGACAAUGUGCUCUUGACACACCAUACAGAACAUACAAACAUCUUAAAAGAGCACAUGAACAGUGUACAAGGAAAGGAUACAAGCCCUUCAUCUUCUUUUCCUUCCCUAACACCUUUGCGACAUCUAUCUUAUUUUCAUCAGCAAAAAUUAUAACAGUAGUGUGAGAUUGUUCUUUAGUCCUUCUCCUUCAUUAGUCUUUCUCCAUCCCUUGUUCUUUCCUUCCUUCCUUUCUCCUUUCUGUUGCUCCCUUUCUUUCCUCCAUUUUACUCUAUUCCUACAGCUUCCUCUGCCCUUAAACCCCCCAGACCCUCCAAAAGUAUUUAUUUCUUAUCUAGAAUUUGACCACAAAUUAUUUUAUCCUUACUCCUAAUAUAUUUUUGUGCUGUAGUUCCUAAGAACUAUUUCCUGUAUGUGUUUUUUAAAAUUUCAUCAGCAAUAUUCCUAGGACUAGCAUAGAUAAAGUGAUGUCCUUAGUUACCUGUAUUAUAAUCUGGAGAAGCAAAAAAUAAAAUUUGAGAAUGAUAAAGUUUAUUAUCCUUUAUUUUUAAAUCCUUUAUCAUCCUCUAUGUAAUCCCCACAUCAUCUACUUAUUAAAACAAAUGUCUUUUAGUUUAUAUUUUCAUUCUCUCCAUUACCUUUUUCUCUUUGGUUCACAUUCUAAAAGAACACUGUAUUUUGUAAUUCAUAAAGAAAAAGAAUACGGUAAUGCAAACUUACCAUAGUUAUUUAUUUUUAAUUUUGUUUCUUUUGAUGUUGUUGUUGUUAAAAAUAAAGCAGUAUGGUUGGAACUGCAUCUGGCUUGUACUUUUUGAUCUAUGGGAAUAGAAAAAUCAAGGAUGGAAAUCAUUGUUAUUGUGGGAAUCAACAAAAUUUGUUUCUGGACUUAAUACUUGUCUGUAUCUGGGUU